GUGCAUGACGCGGGAGCGUGGUUUGUGAAUGAGCUGCAAGGCGCAAUGCGCGCGCGCACCUACAAUGCGCAGUCCCAGCAAAACUGCGGCGUGUGCAGUUGCAAGAAAACUUUUCCAAAUGGAUCUUCCCUCUGGAAGCGGGUAUUUGUUCGCUCUGUGCCUACUCGUUACCAAGACUCUAAUGACGUUACAGAGUAAAGAAGUGGUGCUUCUGGACAUGAGGAAGGUCGGAGGAGAGCUGGGCUGGUUGACUCUGCCUCUGCAGAAGUCCGACAAGGCAGGGUGGGAGGUCACCCAAAGAACCCUUAAUGGUUCUCAGUUCUACACCUACUCAGUCUGCAAUGUUGAGGAACGGGAGCAGGACAACUGGCUGCGUACCACGUUCAUCCAACGGGCCGCAUCGCUCUCUCGUGUGUUUGUUGACAUUCAGUUUAUUGUCAGAGACUGUAACUCCUUCGAUGACGCUUCAUUGACGUGCAAGGAAACAUUCAACCUCUUCAUGUUCGAAUCAGACGCAGACGUCGGCACGACCUUCCGCAAAGGCCAGUUUAAGAAGGUGGCCACCAUUGCCCCAGACAAGAUUAGUGGUAAAGGUGAAAUGAACAUCAACACAGAGACUCGGCCAGUGGAGAACUUGUCUUGUAAAGGGUUUUACCUGGCGUUUCAAGACAUUGGAGCCUGCGUGGCUCUUCUCUCUGUCAGAGUCUACUACAAAGUUUGUCCAGAAAAAGUCAUGAAGCUUGCCGUGUUCCCUGAAACUGUAGCAAGUCCAGGAUUAAGCAAGGUGGAUGGGAAGUGUGUGGAUCACGCUGUCACUACGGAACUUCCGCACAUCUACUGCACUGUGGAUGGAGACUGGGUGGUGCAAGUUGGACAAUGCCUGUGCCAAGCAGGUUAUGAGAAGGUCCAAGACUUCUGUCAAGGGUGUCAUUCAGGUUCCUUCAAAGCUGAAGCAUCCAACAGAUCGUGCAUGGCUUGUCCCGCUAACUCUCAGGCUCUCGGUUCUGGAGCCGAGUCUUGCUCCUGCAAGGAGGGAUUUUAUCGAGCUCCCACAGAUUUGCACACUGGGCCCUGCACAGGCUUCCCCUCUGCUCCCCGCAAUCUCACGGCCUCCACCCAGCUCCCCUCAGGGAAAUUGCUCCUCUCAUGGAAGCCACCUGAAGACACCGGAGAUCGGGGGGAUAUAACUUAUAACGUGGAGUGCCAGCACUGUGACGGUCCUGUCUGUCAGUCCUGCGGGGAGAAGAUCCGCUAUGAGCCGUCCAGCGUGGGCCUCACCGACACCAAGGUGUUAGUUAGCCAGCUGGACGCAUACCUGAACUACACCUUCACUGUGGAGGCUGUCAGUGGUGUGACACAGGUUCUUGAGGAGAAAAUACCAUCUUCCUCCUCCAUCACUACAUCUUUGCUCUACACAGAUCCUCCCAAAAUAAUACGUAUACGACUGGUUGAACAGACUUCCAGUAGUCUGUCUCUUUCGUGGGAUGUCUCCCCCCGUUCUCAGCCAAUCAGCUAUGAACUUACCUACCGCAAGAAGGACGAUAAUCUGGAUAAAACGACCUACAUUUGGCUAAAAUUGGAGAAAAACUAUGCCCAGAUCAAGGAUCUGGCCCCAGCCACUGCCUAUCUCUUCAGAGUUCAGGUCCUCAGCAGUGAUGGAAGCCAUGGAGGCUUCAGCCAGGAGGAACAGUUUGAGACCUUGUCUGAAGGACAACAUAGCAAGACAGCAAUUAUUCUGGCUGCGGCAGCUGGAGGAGCCAGCAUGUUGAUCCUUGUGCUUGUGAUUCUGUUUGUCCGCCGGCGGAGAAGAAAUUCUCACAGGCAGAGACAGGACCACACAUACUUUUCCACCCCAGAGCAGUUAAAGCCGCUGAAGACUUACGUGGAUCCACACACAUAUGAAGACCCCAACGUAGCUGUGCUGAAGUUUGCCACAGAGAUCCACCCGAGCCUUGUAACAAAACAGAAAGUCAUUGGAGCUGGAGAAUUUGGUGAGGUAUACAGAGGAAUUUUAAAGGUUCCAGGGAAGAAGGAGUUUCCAGUAGCUAUCAAGGCACUGAAACCUGGAUACUCUGAGAAGCAGAGGCAGGAUUUCCUGAGCGAGGCCUCCAUCAUGGGCCAGUUCUCCCAUCAAAACAUCAUUCGUCUGGAGGGUGUGGUCACUAAAUUUAAACAUGCUAUGAUAGUGACUGAAUACAUGGAGAAUGGAGCACUGGACAAAUAUCUUAGGGACCACGAUGGAGAGUUUUCCUCCUUCCAGCUGGUGGGCAUGCUGCGUGGAAUUGCAGCUGGCAUGAAGUACCUCUCUGACAUGAGUUAUGUUCACCGGGACCUGGCAGCACGCAACAUCCUGGUUAACAACAACUUGGAGUGCAAAGUGUCUGAUUUCGGCCUGUCCCGAGUGCUGGAAGAUGAUCCUGAGGGGACAUACACCACAAGCGGUGGUAAAAUUCCCAUUCGCUGGACAGCUCCAGAGGCAAUAGCCUACAGGAAGUUCACUUCAGCGAGUGAUGUUUGGAGUUUCGGCAUCGUCAUGUGGGAAGUCAUGGCAUUUGGAGAAAGACCCUACUGGGAUAUGAGUAACCACGAGGUGAUGAAGGCUAUCAAUGAGGCCUUCAGGCUGCCUGCACCCAUGGACUGCCCCUCAACUGUCUACCAGUUGAUGCUUCAGUGCUGGCUGCAGGAUCGGUCGAAGAGGCCGCGCUUCGGAGACAUCGUGAGCCUGCUGGACAAGUUAGUGCGCAGCCCCGACUCUCUAAAGACCAUCGCAGACUUUGACCCACGCAUUUCAAUCCGCCUGCCUAGCACCAGUGGUUCGGACGGUUCUCCCUUCAGGUCUGUGUCUGAAUGGUUGGAGUCCAUCAAAAUGAGCCAGUACAUUGACAACUUUACAUCUGCUGGGAUCCUCACCAUGGACCAGGUCUUGCAGAUGAAGAACGAGGACGUCAAGAACAUUGGCGUUAGGCUUCCCGGCCACCUGAAGAGAGUAGCUUACAGCAUCUUGGGCUUAAAGGACCAGACCAGCACCCUGAGCGUGUUUGCAGUGUAAUCCUUGCAAGGAAGUACAUGAAAAGCAGGGCCUGGAGCAGGCAGCCCUUUGUACGCUAAGCUUUGCUUAAGCUAUGCUGGCUGGAUAGUAUUGAAAGAACACAACCAAAAAAAUGUCUCCAUCCUGUGGGCUGAAUAAAUCAGACUUAUCGUGCUGCGUUUUUCACA